AUGGCAGUGAUCGGAUCCCCAGUGGCCACCGAAGUCGGCAGCGUCAGCGUCGGCACCAGCGUCGUCGUCGUGGUUGUCUGCGUCGUGAUCACGGACGCUGAUGGCGUUGACGUCACGGUCGACGACAGCAGCGUGUUUGUCGUGGUUGUCGUCUCUGUGGCAACGACGUUGGUGGUCGUGGUCGUGCUGGCGGCUGUCGGAGAUGAGGACGAGGUGUGUGGGCGCGUUGAGCGUGUGACGGUGGUGAAAGAACCGGUGCCGGUGCUAGAGCGGGAGCGCGAGCGGCUCGACGUGCUUGUGCUGCUGGUGGAUGCAGAGAGUAUGUCUGACGCUACGUCGUCGGUGACGGGCAGGAAGUAG